CAUAAAUUUAAGUUUUGGGAUGCAAGAAGGCAAAGAGAUGUACGACAUACAUAAUUCUUGGAUAUACAUUUUCGGAAGCUUCUGUCAACAAGGUCACGACAUCGCGACAAGUUUGUGGUCGUGUCGCUUACUGUACUUAACAUCGUAUUUGACAUACGUAAUACUGUUCACUGCAUAUUCAGCCAUCUUCAUAUCCAUGUUGGCUGUGCAUCAGUUUUCAAUGCCCUUCUCAGACUUUCAAGGACUUGUGGACAUCGGGACGUAUCGCUUUGCUGUGGUGGGUCUAUCCGUUUACCUCGACCUUUUUUACCAAGCAACUGACCCAGCACUGAAGCAAGUGUACCAGAGACUGAUCGUGCCAAAUAUCAACAACUUACCAAAGACCAUGAUGGAAGGAUUCCAACGAAUAUGUGAUGAAAACAAUUACGCUUUCGCUGUUGAUGACGAACUAGUAAGUGGCAGGCAACUGAGCUGUGACGUCAUAGCCGUGCCGUAUGCCUUCUUCAGGACGCCUGCAUCAAUGAUCGUCAGCAAAAGCUGCCCGUACAAGAAGCUCUUCAGCCUUUAUAUUGAAAUGAUGAGGGAAUCUGGAAUUUUGAAGAAGCUUGAAACGUACACCAGCGUUAUACCCGCAGCCGAACAAGUUCCUGGCACUCAGGCGUCACUCGAAGACAUUUCGUCUGUUUUAGUGAUUGCUAUGAUUGGUGUUCUAGCCUCUGUCAUCUGCCUUCUGGCCGAAAUCUUACUUUUUCGGUUCAGGCUUUAUUUUAGGCGCCAGAUGUUUAAUCCUACAAUUCCGUUUUCAGAUUAAAAUUGAGUAAAUUACAGUCGCUUCAACAGAUGCAGUCGUCUUGUUUUGGUUGACUUCAAGCAUUUCUUUAAAGUAACUUCACGUUAAGUAUUAUGAGUACUCGUGCGCCUAACUGCUGCGACCGUCGGUUCG